CGCCAGCUAUGCCUUCCUCCAAUCUGCACAAUGCAAUCUCCGGACCAGACCGAACAACCAAGCAAGUCAGAAGAUAAAGUACCAUUGCUCUGCUCGAGAUGGCUAAGAAAAAGUCCAACAACCUCAGCGGCGAGACGAGAACCUCAUUCACAUUCCCACACCUGAACCAGGACGUUGCCGACGCCGUUUCUGACCAAAUCCCCUCCGUAUGGUUCAACAGAAAAAUCAACCAAGAAUCCGACCGGAGAUAUUCAACUUCUGUGAUCGGGAGAUUCACUUGCGACAAUGGCGGCAGCUGUUCCAAGGCAGCCUGGAGCAGCGGGAAAGUGACUAUAGUCAUUAGAGGGUAUUCCGACAACGGAUACAACGCAGUCGUAUACAACCAGCGUUGCAAAGCUUGCAAGAAACUAGGAACCCUUACUCUGGAUGAAAAUUCGUACGUCGAGCGAGUUGCGUAUCGAUUGAGGAAAUGGGCUGGGGUGGACUUGGAACGCCCUAUCUAUAGCAAAAAGGAAACUCCUCCCCACAAAAGGGAACUUUGUGAGGGUUGUAAGAGUGGUCAUUGUGAGGCCUAGGAGUGUUCAGCACG